AUGAGUGAUGAAGAAAAGAGAAACACGCCCAAGGGUGGCACUUACGAAGUGUCCACGCGAAGUGUCAGCGAAGGAGAAAUAAACGCGAGCGGUCACCCCGACAAGCUCACGCGACAUUAUGGGCUUCUUAGCAUAAGCGCGACUGCCCUGAGCAUUGACGCGGCAUGGGUUGCCUUGGGCGGGUCUUUGGUCGUAGCCUCUGCGAAUGGAGGACCUCCAGGGAUCAUCUACGAGUUCCUGGCGUCGUGCUUCUACUAUGCUUUCAUCAAUGCAUCCAUCGCAGAACUCUCCAGUUCUAUCCCUUCUUCUGGAGGAGUCUACCAUUGGGCGUCGGUAACACCUGGACCUCGUUACGGAAGAGCUAUGGGCUUUUUCACCGGUUCGCUUAACUUCUUCGGCUGGCUCAUCGGUGUCACCUCCAUCACCACCAUCACAUCGUCCGCAGCCGUCGAGAUGUACGCCAUCUUCCACCCGGCGCUCGUCGUUCAGCCCUGGCACCUCUUCGUUACGUUUCUCAUCAUUUUCUGGAGUUGCUGCAUAUUUGUCGUCUUCUGCAACCGUUACAUGCCGCUCGUGCAAAAUCUCGGCUUGUUCCUUAUAGUCGCGGGAGGGUUAGUCACAAUAAUCGUCGUGGUCUCGAUGAGGCCAGAGCAUGCUUCGCAUGCUUUUGUCUGGAGCAAAUGGACAAAUACAACAGGAUGGUAUGUGUCCAAUGGAGUGGCAUUCCUCACUGGCAUUCUCAACGGUGCCUACGCGAUCGGUACUCCAGAUGCGGUCACCCACAUGGCCGAAGAAAUGCCAUACCCUCGUCGUGAUCUCCCCAAGGCCAUCGCGAUGCAGCUAACUCUCGGCACGCUGACUGGAUUCGUCUACGCGGUCGCGAUAUUGUACGGCGUGACGGACUUCGACGCGAUUCUCAACGCCGGAGCAGCGUUUCCACUCGCAACGUUCUACCUACAGGCCACGGGCAGCAAAGCCGCCACGGUCGCUUUGCUGCUUAUUGUAGUGCUCAUCUUGGUCGUCUGUGCGAUUGGUGGGUUCAUCACGAGCGGGCGAACACUGUGGACGCUGGCCAGGGACAACGCCACGCCGUUCUCCGGCUUCUUGAGCCAAGCCUCCGAGAGGCUUAGUUGUCCCGUUCAAGCGACGGUCGUAGUUGGCAAGAGAAGCUUCUUUCGAAUCGAAGUCGGGGCUAUCAGACUUGGAAGCGCAAGCGCCUUCAACGAUUUGGUGGGGAGUUUCGUGAUCUUGACUACAGCGAGCUACCUUCUUGCCAUACUUCCCCAUCUGUUGACUCGGCGUCGCAAUGUGCCUAUCGGCCCGUUUUGGAUGGGAAAAUGGGGUUAUGUUGUCAACGGCUUCGCAGUGCUCUUCAUUGUUGUCACAGAUAUAUUCUACUGUUUCCCGUACUUUAUGCCUACGACUGUAUCGGGUAUGAACUACAAUUCGGUCAUCCUGGUGGGCCUCGUCGCGUUGACGGCGUUCUGGUGGUUCGUGCACGGAGCUAGGAAUUAUCCUGGGCCGCAUCUGCCGCACCUGGAGGAAGCUGGAAAGCGAGUUUUGGAUACCAAAUAG